CGUGAAUGGCAUCAGUGGUCGUCUGUCCUGUUGUUGUGGCGGCGAGGCUGAGAGUCUCUCUGCUUGGAUUUUUAUCCAAUAUCUCAUCACCGCAAUGGCUGAGGAGAUUGACGCCUCCCAGGAAGAUGGAGAUGAUUACUAUACAUUCCUCAAUAUCCCCAGAAACGCAACAGAUGAUGAGAUCAACAAUGCCUACCGCCGCCUGAGUCGCCUGUACCACCCUGACAAGCACACAGACCCAGAGCGCAAGGUGGAGGCCGAACUUCUCUUCAGUAAGACCAAGCGCGCCUAUGAAGUGCUGAGUGAUGGACACAUGCGAGCAAUUUAUGAUAAUCUGGGGACGGCUGGGCUGGAGACACAAGGGUGGGAGAUUGUUCAGCGGACCAAGACACCUCAUGAAAUCAGGGAGGAGUAUGAAAGGCUGGCACGGGACCAAGAGGAGAGACGGCUGCAGCAACGCACCAACCCGAAGAGUACAGUCACCAUGACCGUCAAUGCCACUGACCUCUUCUCCCUUUAUGACGAGGAGUCCCCUUUCUUGGACCUCAGAGAUUUGUUUGGUUUUCCACACAUUGAGAUUAGUGGCAUGAGUUUGAGUCAGAGCAUUGAAGCACCCCUGACCACCAAAGACACAGCCAUUCUUUCAGGAAAUCUCGCAUCUCACAAUGGUAAUGGCAAUGGAGGCAUCAACUGCUCUAUCAGAAGGAUAACUUCCGACAGGGGAUGGGGAGAGCUGGAGGUUGGAGCAGGGAAUGGGCUCACCAUAGCCACUAAGGGUUUCAGGAACUUUUCACAAGGCAUGUUUGGAAAUGGCUCUAUACACACACACUUCACCCCAAAUGGCCUUCGUAUUGGUUCAGUCAUAACAAUGGCCAACCAGCUAGAUAAACAGACAGUUGGAUACUUGACAUGGAAGGCUGGAAUGCAGAGUGGCAUGAACACAAUGAUCAUCCGAGACACUCCUUCCUAUCAUCUGGUCUUCUCAGCCUACAUUGGCAUCCCACACACCUAUGCUGCCCUCUCCUAUACCCACAAGAUGCCAGACCACGACACCAAAGUUAAACUGACUGGAAAAGCUGGCACCUUUGGAGCUAUUCUUGAGUAUGGUGCAGAGAAGAAGAUAUCCCAGAACAGCUCCAUUGCAGCAUCAAUAGCUCUUGGUGUCCCCACUGGUGUUCACCUUAAAAUUAAGUUACAUCGAGCCUCACAGACAUACAGUACCAUCUUCCUACUGUGUGAGGAGAUUCUCCCAGCCCCUGUAAUCUAUGGAACCUUGGUUCCCCUUGUGUCUUGGAUUGCCCUCCAGAAGCUAAUUAUUCAGCCGUACCUCCGACAACAGAAGCAAGCAGAGCUACUUAAGCAAAGAGAAGCUAAUAGAACCAGGUUGUUAGAGAAGAGACGUGAAGCAUUUGCAGCUGUGGAGCUGAUGAGGGAGACAGUCAGGAGAAUUGUGGAUCAGGAGGAAGCUCGGAAGGGCCUUGUCAUCUUGCUAGCAUCGUAUGGUCAGCUGGUGGUGGAAGGGAAAGACGAUCUUGCUCCUGCCCCUGAGGUUGUGGAUGUAACCAUUCCUCUUCAGUGUCUGGUCAAGGAUUCUAAACUCAUUUUACAAGAAUCAUCUAAAUGCUCGUUGCCAGGCUUCUAUGAUCCGUGCCCAGGUGAGGACAAAAACUUGAGGGUGCGUUACCUCUUCCAUGCUGUUACUCAUGAGGUCACAAUCACAGACACCGAGUCACUACGAAUACCCAAACAAUCACAUCGCCUGGAGACAUAAUGAAGAUGAUCAUUGGCAUCUGUACAUAGAAGAAAUUGUUGUCCUGUUUUAUUGUACAUAAUAUUUACUUUGUACAAAUUUGUAAACAUGAAUUUUAUUGACAAGACUUGUCCAGGCCGGUAACCUGGAUGUAAAGCUGGGCAGCUUCAAGCACAAAUGUCAUGUGAAUAUCAGUAAUGGUUGUACCUUGUGAGAAGUAGGUCCAUUUCACUUAAGAACCCUAUUGGGCCAUUCCUAUAAUACAUAUAAUAUGAAGAAUAAAAAAUGCACAUCAUUCCAUAGUAAAAUCUUAGGGAAGGAUAUAAAAGAUAAGUUUUUAUUAUAAUUAUUAUUAUUUCUGAAAGCUUACAAAUUCAAUGACCAGAUUAAGCAAUUAAUCUUGGAGCUUGAUAUUGCUAUGAAAACAGCAUAUAUACACAUACAUAAAACAUUGUAUACAGGCAAGUUAGCAGCACCAAAUGCUAUAACUCAUGCUUUGUAUGAAGGGAAUGGACACCAAGAUGAACUGGUGUGCUUGAUAGUAAAGUAGGUGUUGCAUGGUCAGGGUUAUUGCUUAAAAACAAAAACAAGACGUCAUAUCAAUUCCCAACAUCACUCAUCCUUUGUGCAAUGUAGAAUAUGUUUCAGAUGGAGAUAUAACAGGAUGAUAUAUCUCCAUGCAACUGUUGUUGAAUAUCAAGACCAUCAACUGUUGAAAAAAUGGUUGUUUGUAAGGUGCAUCAGGCCAUGCCUCAGACUAGUCACUGGAGUAGUCUUUUAGUAAUAUUAUUGUCCAGCUCUGCAGUCUCAUGUUGCUGCAAAAAUAUUAUAAAAUAAUAAAAAACUACUGCUUUGACUGACCUCAGGACAGGCCAGCUAUAUUUUUUGACAUACCUUGUUUUUAGUUUGUUAUAAAUGCUAUGUGAAAUAUAUAGGGUAUAACAUGAGUCUGGAUAUUGCCAGGGGUGAUUCAUAUGCAGGUUUUUCAAAGCCAAAAAUGUCCUUGGCACAUACAUUUGCAAUGUCUUUUUUGAGCCAUUUAGCUGUGGCAUGAAAUUCAAGUAUGGCCUGGCAACAGAUACAGUGGCAGGACUGGGUUAAUAACUAUGGUGAAGAAAUACCAACUCAAUAUACUAUACGUACAUUGUUUUAAGUCAUGCAAUACAAUCUGAACGCAUGAAUUGUCUUUGUCUUGUAAAGAAACUGUGUGAUCUGAAUAUUAAUCAACUGGUUUGCUGUUAACUUCAUUCCAUCCCACUUCCUGCCUAUAUAAGCAUGGUGCCACACAGCCUUUCAUUUGCUGUUUAUUACAUCCAUACUCUCUUGGUGUAAUGUUUAUCAGAAACAAGUAUCAGUGUGUUGUCACUUGUUUCAUCAUGAAAUACUGUAAAGCUCCAAAACUUUUGGAAUCAUGAUUGAAUUGUUACAUUUUUGGAUCUUCAGCAAGCAUACCUGCCUGGCCUUGCCAUUGUACAUCACCAGACUACACUUGAAUUUCAUGCCACAGCUAAGUAACACCUCAAAAUACACAUGUAAAUGAAACAUUUUCCACUUUGAAUAAUCGUACUUUACCUCUGGCAAUAUCCUCAGAAACUCGCUUUAUAUCCUGUACUCUGAUACUAGACAUCUCUGCAAGGUUUAUUUGUAUUAUCUUUUUUGCACCACAAAUGCUAUGUAAUGCCACGAAGUAGAAAUUUGAGAGGAAGAAUUUUUGAAAAGUGCUUAGAAAUAGGUGAGACCUGGUUUUCAGCAGGUUAGUCUUAUGUGUUGCUGAUAGCUGCUCCUUGCCAAGCUGCAUCUACUUCAUUUUCAAGCACUGCAUAAUGAACUUGAGAACUUAACAGUUUAAUGGGCCAGUGAUAAUGAAUAAUGAAGAUGAAAUAAUUUUUUCCAGCUUCAAUAGUGCUGGUAGGUGACUGGAAUAAAGAAAUGCGAGUCA